CGCAGUGAUUGUGCGUUGCGAAUCAAUAUCCUCAUCCACAUCAUGGCCAUUCCUGAUUUUGCCUCGAACACUUCACACCAAGAAAACUUCACCGCCGCCAUGAAGAUCGCCUUCUUCUCUACGCACAGCUACGACAUCGAGUCGAUGGAGCGCGUUGCCAAAGAGGACGGCAUCACUCCCAAACACGAGCUCAAGUUCUUCACCCCACGUCUGGACGCCAACUCUGCCAGGUUGGCGGAAGGCUGCGAAGGCGUCUGCAUCUUCGUCAACGAUGUUGCCGACGAGGCCGCUCUGCGCGUCCUUGCCGCCGGUGGCACCAAGGUCAUGCUCCUGCGUUGCGCUGGGUUCGACAUGAUUGACCUCAAGGUCGCGAAGGAGCUGGAGAUGCCAGUGAUCCGUGUGCCUGCGUAUUCUCCGUUCGCUGUCGCCGAGCACGCUGCGGCUCUGAUGCUGACGUUGAACCGCAAGAUCCACCGCUCCUACAACCGCACGCGUGAGCAGAACUUCCGCCUGGCUGGCCUACUGGGAUUCGACCUGCACGGCAAGACUAUUGGAGUUGUGGGCACGGGUAAGAUCGGCGCUCUGUUCGCUCGCAUCGCCGCUGGUUUCGGCUGCAAGGUGCUUGCCUACGAUGUGGUCCAGAGCCCUGAGGCUCUGAGUUACGGCGUCGAAUACGUCAGCCAGGACGAGAUCUGGGCUCGCUCGGACAUCAUCUCGCUGCACUGCCCUCUGUUCCCGUCGACCAAGCACACGAUCAACUCUGACAGCAUUGCCAAGAUGAAGCACGGUGUGAUGCUGAUCAACACAAGCCGCGGUGGUCUAAUCGAAACCAAGGCCCUUGUGGAGGGACUAAAGAGCGGCAAGAUUGGCGCGGUCGGUCUCGACGUGUUCGAGGGUGAGGGUGAUUACUUCUACUCGGACCGCUCGGGUGCGAUCAUUGCCGAUGAGACUCUAGCUCGGCUGUUUACAUUCCCCAAUGUGAUUAUUACGGGCCACCAAGCCUUCUUCACAAAGGAAGCUCUGGACAAUAUUGGUCACACCACCAUGGCCAACAUCAAGGCGUACGAGGCCAAGGAGGAGUUGGUGAACGAGGUUAAGUAGAGCGUAACACGACAGCCUGAUACACGUCAAUAGUAUCCAAAAUGAACAUGCAGUCUUUCCUUUUUAAAA